GCUGAGACUACACUGAUCUGCGCGUGUUUCCACACAGCCGCGCGCGCACAGACACGAGUUCCUUGGAGCUGCUUUAAUCACAGCGUGAUUAUUAUUAUUAUUCUUUUCUUUAAUUUAUUUUUUUGUAUGCAUUCUGAGCUCGAGCAAAGGAAGAAACCUGAGCACACGGACGAAGCCGCUGCUUCUUCAUUCAGCCUGCGGGAACGAGAGCGCGAUGCGGCCGCGCCGCCGGAGACACGGUGAGCGCCUGUGAGAGAGAGAGAGCGCGCGAGAGAGAGAGAGAGAGAAAUGUGCGCGUGAAGCUUUUCACUGGCAGAGGGGGAAAAAAACAAAACAACAACAAGCGGACACUUUUUCGUGCAUCUUGUUAACUCGAAAGCUCAGUUUUUUUAAAAAAGCUACCCACUGGACUUGCUCUCGUGCGGCGCUUGGAGACAAACCCGAAGGUGCAGAGACGCGUUCCGGUUUGGUUCAGUUGCACGCGCUCACCUGCGUGCUGCAUUUGCGCGCCUCUUCUACAAUAUAUAUAUAUAUUAUAUGCAUAUUAAAACAACCCCACAAUUUCAUUUUUAACACAUGCACAAUUUUUGUUUUGCUAAGACUGAACCUUUCUAAUGAUUGAUUCAACCGUUUAUUGAUUUCUGCACCCUGAUAUCUAUAAGCUCAUAAUGCUUCUGAUGGCGCGCGCUCUCUCUCUCUCUCUCUAAUUAACCACUAAUAUAAUAAUAGCAGUAAUAAAUCCAUUCAAAAAGAAACCUUCAAGGAGCAGGAGAAACAUCAUUGGACAGGCUGAACGGAUUAUCGCAGUGCAGCCGAUCUGAGUGUUUUUUUUUUGUCCAAACGGAUCACCAAGAGUCCAUCCGUCUGAGCAGGCUAUAUAUUUCUAUAGAGAGAGAAAUAUAAGGGGAUUAUAGGAAGUGGACUUUGGUUUGACCUUUGCUCUGAUUGUGCUUGGAAGUUUACUCACCUGUAGCCCUGUAGAAGGACACCCACAGGUGACGCCGUAGCGGCCCACGACCUUCCCCGACUCGAGCUCGGUUUGACUUGUUUGACUCCACCAGCUGGAUCUCACACCUGUAUUGGCCAACCGAUAAAAAGCAGCGAAAAGGGGUGGGGCCAUGUGGGCGCUUCGGAUGCUCCUAUUGGCCAGCCUACUAGGCCCUGCGGCUCUGGCGUUUAGCCGUGCCCCUGUGCCCAUGGCCGUGGUGCGGCGAGAGCUAUCAUGUGAGAGUUACCCCAUCGAGCUGCGCUGUCCCGGCACUGACGUCAUCAUGAUCGAGAGCGCCAACUACGGACGCACGGACGACAAGAUCUGUGACGCCGACCCUGCGCAGAUGGAGAACACGCGUUGCUACCUUCCAGACGCUUACAAGAUCAUGAGCCAGAGAUGUAAUAACAGGACACAGUGUGCAGUCGUAGCUGGCCCCGAUGCAUUUCCAGACCCCUGCCCUGGAACCUACAAGUACCUGGAAGUUCAGUAUGAGUGUGUGCCGUACAUCUUCCUGUGUCCAGGCCUCCUGAGGGGUGUGUACCAAAGUGAACACUUGUUUGAGUCUGAUCACCAGUCAGGAGCCUGGUGCAAAGACCCUCUGCAGGCCUCGGAGAAGAUCUACUAUAUGCCGUGGACACCGUACCGCACAGACACCCUCACCGAGUACUCCAGCAAGGAGGACUUUAUUGCAGGACGACCCACGACUACGUACAAACUCCCCCACCGGGUGGACGGCACAGGCUUUGUAGUCUAUGAUGGCGCACUCUUCUUCAACAAGGAGCGAACGAGGAACAUUGUCAAGUUUGACCUGCGUACACGCAUCAAGAGUGGCGAGGCUAUCAUCGCUGGUGCCAACUACCAUGACACGUCACCCUACCGCUGGGGGGGAAAAUCAGACCUGGACCUGGCUGUAGAUGAGAAUGGACUAUGGGUGAUCUACGCCACUGAGCAGAACAGUGGUCGCAUCGUGGUCAGCCAGCUGAACCCAUACACGUUGCGUGUGGAAGGUACUUGGGACACAGCCUACGAUAAACGUUCAGCCUCCAAUGCUUUCAUGAUCUGCGGUGUGCUCUACGUGCUCCGGAGCGUCUACGAGGACGAUGAUAGCGAGGCCACAGGCAACAGGAUCGACUACAUCUACAACACGGAGCUUUCCAAAGAUGGCUACCUAGAUAUCCCUUUUCCCAACUCGUACCAGUACAUCGCUGCCGUAGAUUACAACCCCAGGGACAACCUGCUCUACGUCUGGAAUAACUACCACGUGGUUAAAUACUCACUGGAUUUCGGGGCACUUGACACUCGACCAGAGUCAUCGCCCUCGGUUCACGUCUUCAUGGACACCACCACCACCAGGACGACCACCCGCCCAACUACACUGUCCACCGCCACCACCUCUACCACUACAACCACCACAUCUAGCACUACCAGAUCUCCGACUCUGAGCGUGUUCACUCCGAGGGCGCACACGACCACUGUUGAGGUCCGACCUCCAGGCAGCUCCGGGCCCCUUUCCAGCACACGCCCGCCACCUUCCUCCGUCCUGCCCAACAACGCUGCGGAGUUCUGUAACCCUACUGUGGAGGCGGAGCUUACCUGGCCCAAAACUCGUCAAGGCCUCACCGCUACACAGCCAUGCCCCUUCAGAACAACAGGCAAUGCCUCAUUUGCGUGUAUGGGUCCCGAAGGCCUGUGGGAUCUGCAAGGUCCUGAUCUCAGCAACUGCACCUCAGCUUGGGUGAACAUCAUCAGCCAGAAGAUCCGAGCUGGAGAGCCAGCGGCCAUCAUCUCACGUGAGCUGUCGGAGCAGACCAAGAACCGCAUCCACUCCGGGGACAUCACAUACACGGUGCGAGCUUUGGGACAGCUGGUGGACCUGCUGGACGUCCAACUGCGCAAUCUCACUCCCGGGGGCAAAGACAGCGCCGCUCGCAGUCUCAAUAAGGCGAUGGUGGAGACGGUGAAUAACCUGCUGCAGCCUCAGGCACACUCGGCCUGGAAAGCGUUGUCAGCAGGAGAGCAGCUGCGCGCUGCCACCAUGCUGCUGGACACGGUGGAGCAGGGUGCCUUCGUGCUGGCCGACAAUCUGCUCAAGACCGACGUGGUCCAGGAGAACACCAACAACAUCCAGCUGGAGGUGGCUCGGAUGAGCACAGAUGGCAACCUUCCAGAUCUGAAGUUUCCUCAGACUGGAGACCAAAGCAACUCCAUCCACCUGUCUGCCAACACCCUUAAACAACAUGGCAGGAAUGGUGAGAUCCGCAUGGCGUUUGUGCUUUAUAAGCACCUGGGCACAUACCUGUCCACCGAAAACGCCAGUAUGAAGUUCAGCAGUGAGGCUCUCAACACCAACUACACCGUCAUCGUCAACUCGCCCAUCAUAACGGCUGCUAUCAACAAAGACAGCAAUAAAGUCUACCUCUCAGACCCUGUUGUAUUCACAGUGCGCCACAUCCAGCAGUCGGAGGAGAACUUCAACCCAAACUGCUCGUUCUGGAGCUACUCCAAGCGCAGCAUGACGGGCUUCUGGUCCACGCAGGACUGCCGUCUCCUGGCUACCAACCGCACGCACACCACCUGCUCCUGCACACACCUGACCAACUUUGCUGUGCUCAUGGCCCACGUCGACGUCAAGAGUGCAGACCCGGUGCAUGACCUGUUGCUGAAUAUGAUCACGUGGGUGGGCAUCCUGCUGUCACUCGUCUGCCUGCUCAUCUGCAUCUUCACCUUCUGCUUCUUCAGAGGCCUGCAGAGCGACCGCAACACCAUCCACAAGAACUUGUGCAUUUCGCUGUUCAUCGCCGAGACACUCUUCCUGACAGGCAUCAACCGCACCGAACAGCCUAUCGUCUGCGCUGUGUUCGCCGCUCUGCUGCAUUUCUUCUUCCUGGCGGCGUUCACGUGGAUGUUUCUGGAAGGCGUGCAGCUCUACAUCAUGCUGGUGGAGGUGUUUGAGAGCGAGCACUCCCGCAAGCGCUACUUCUACCUGGCCGGUUACGGCAUCCCGGCUCUCGUCGUGGCCGUCUCUGCUGCCGUGGACUACAGGAGCUACGGCACAGAGAGAGUGUGCUGGUUGCGUCUGGACACGUAUUUCAUCUGGAGUUUUAUUGGGCCUGCCACUCUAAUCAUUAUGCUGAACGUCAUCUUCCUGGGCAUCGCCUUAUACAAAAUGUUCCACCACACGGCCAUCUUGAAGCCUGACUCAGGCUGCCUGGACAACAUAAAAUCGUGGGUGAUCGGUGCGAUUGCUCUGCUGUGUUUGCUGGGUCUGACCUGGGCGUUCGGCCUCAUGUACGUCAACGAGAACACGGUCAUAAUGGCCUACCUAUUCACCAUCUUCAACUCCCUGCAGGGCAUGUUCAUCUUCAUCUUCCACUGCGUGCUGCAGAAAAAGGUUCGUAAGGAGUACGGGAAGUGUUUGCGGACUCACUGCUACAGUGGGAAGAGCGUGGAUUCUUCAAUGGGCUCGAGCAAAAGCUCAGGCUCGCGUGCACCCGGUCGCUACUCCUCUAGCUCGCAGGUCCACCACCAGCCUUGUAUGACAAACUGCUCACAGUUACAGUAUGAACAAAGUCGGAUUCGUCGGAUGUGGAACGAUACGGUGCGGAAGCAGUCUGAAUCAUCCUUCAUCACUGGAGACAUCAACAGCUCUGCUACCAUCAACAGAGGUGCUAUGGCCAAUCAUCUCAUCUCAAAUGCUCUGCUGCGACCGCACGGUUCAAACAACCCCUAUAACACUUUAGUGGGGGAUUCGACCGUGUAUAACAACCCCACUCUGAGCAUGUACAACACACAAGAGGGAAUCUUGAACAAUGCCCGGGAUACAAGUGUCAUGGAUACUCUACCACUGAAUGGUAACCAUGGCAACAGCUACGGCCUGGCGGGUGCUGAUUACCUGAGCGAGUGCGUGCAAAUGAUGGAGCGUGGCGGCUACGGCGUCCCACAUGUCACCCACCCGCACACCCCGCUGGAGAAACGCAUACUCCAAGAGCUCACCUCAAACUACCUGCCCCCCUACCUGAACAACCAUGAACGCAACAACCUCGUCAACAAGCUCGUCAACAACGUCAGCAACAUCAGCAACGUCACUCACGUGAGCAACAUUGCCAAUGUCAGUAACCUGAGCAACCUCGCCAACGUGAGCAACCUGGCUAACGUGAGUAAUCUCGGCAACGUGAAUAAUAACGGAACUGUGGGUGGUGGGCGGAGCAAAGACGCAUCGGCUCCUCCUCUCGGCCUCGCGCUGGACCUUGAUGAUUCUCCAGCAUUCAUCCCUGAUGAGAGCCUGGGCCUUGAGUUGAUCCGUGACGAGUCCGACACCCCUUUGCUGCCCCAGCAACGACCUACCCAUCACACCCAACCUCGACCCUCUUUUAGCUCCACCUCCUCCUCCUCUCGCCGCCGUCUCCCGCAGGAAAACAGUGAGAGUUUUUUUCCACUGCUGACUGAAGAGCAGGGCGAUGAAACGCCCUCGCCAAGGAGAGACUCAGCCAGCCAAGAGCGGUCUGACACGCACACGUUGCCACGCAGUGGAGGAGGAGGAGGAGGCGCAGCCGAGGAUGCACGUGAGCCCACAGAGAACGAUGAUGUGUACUACAAGAGCAUGCCGAACCUAGGCUCGAAGAACCAUCUGCACCAACUGCACUCUUACUACCACCUAGGCCGAGGUAGCAGCGAUGGCUUCAUCGGUCCCGCCAACAAGGACGAAGCUCCACCCACUGAAACCCCACAAGAGCCUGCCCAGCUCGUCACCAGCCUAUAGAGGACCACACGACCAACACACACACACACACACACACACACACACCAACGUGAUACGGAGAUUCCCUCCUGUCAUUCCUCACCUCAUUUCUGUCGCUUUUCCGUACUGGUCAAUCGUCCGCAGUCGUAGACAUUUCUUUUAUGUGUUCUCAAAAAAAAAAAAAAAAAAGGAAACAAGGAAAAUAACUUUGGAGAUGAUUUUGUUUUGUAUUCUAACUGAUUAAAUCGGAUCGGAGGAUUGUAGAUGUCCGGCCUCAGACAUGACCUGAGGGUUUUUGUGCAGUUUUAUUUCCCACGGACAGACUGAGACCACUGACUCGAUAAAGGAUUCCUGUGUUAUUUAGUGGGAUAAGUGAGAAAGAAAAAGUCUUCUCGAUGGAUAUACAAAAAAAAAAAAACGAACAUGCAGACUGAACCACCGAGGCAGUGCAUAGACUUGGUGCCAAACAAAUAAAUCAGAUGGAGAAAACGCUUCAAAAGACUAUUUUAAUACAGUUCUUUAACUGACAUCUGCUUUUUAAAUGUUUCUCCUUCCUGUGCGAUGAGUCCGAUACAGUCGUCCCGAUAAGUCGAGUGGUGAAGUGUGCAUUUUUUUGAACUUUCUUGCAAAGGAUGACUUUGCCAUAGGGCACUUUGUUUCGUUUUGUUAUGUUUUAUUUCUUUUAAUAACAAAUAUUCAAAAAGAGGAGGGAAAAGAACUAAUAUCACAGAGAAUUAUAAGAUAUUUCUAUGUAACUGUACAGCUACUAGCAUUACAGUCUGCAGUCUGCUUUUUUCUGUUCCUCUGUAAGCGUGGUGAUUUAGAAUCGGUUCUGUUCUCUCCUGACGCUCUUGGUCCGGACUGCAGUUCUGCUCUCACGCUCUCUUCCGCUGUUUGAUUUGUACAUUUCACUUUAGCAGCAAUUAACGGAACCACGGGAAAAAAAAAAAACAAAUCUUGAUGGUCAUUUUAAGAAUGUAACCAGAUUUUUUUUUUAUCCCCUCAGAACUUGAUCAAUUCUGUCUUUUUUUUUUUUUAAUUUUAUUUUAUGGUUUAUUCAUUGUGUAGAUAAAUGUGAUAUCAGAGUCAUGAUGCUAUUUUGAGCCAGAGGUGCAAAUUUCCUUUGAGAGUGACAACCUUAGAGCAAAGUGUAACAUGACGCACCAUUUGUUUUUUGCCGAGGAAGAAUCCAGCCAUGAAAAGGUGAAGAAUUCUGCAUUUAAUAUGCACUAGGCACUUGUAUAAAACGAUGGGGUGGAUGUUUGACUUAUUAAAGCUCAAUAUUUGCAGUGAGAAGAUGAAGAACCUGUGUGUUUCAUUUCAGCUGGGUGAUAAAAGACUUAUUUCUUUCUUUCUAGACAACAGCGGUCUCAUAUGGUAAACCAUAACCACAUUAGUUUGCGGAAAUAUGACCAUAUUUUAUUUAUUUUUUGGUUGUUUCUUUUUUUCUGUUUUAUAUUGAGUUUUAAAUCAAAUUGAUUCAAAUGACCUCCUGACUAAUAUUUGUUGUACCAGUGAAACUUGUUUGCCAACAAAUAAAUUACUGCUUAAGACUGAAAUUUGCGCCGGGGUGCUGUUAUGUGGGUGGAUUUUUUUCUUUCCCUGAGCAACUUUAAACGGAUGGCAAAAAUCUCUGGGGAGCACUUAAUUAUAUAUAUAAAAAAGGAAGCCAAUCUGGCUGUAGUUAAUAACCAGUUACAAGUGCAUUAGACCCGAGUGUGAUUGAAUCCAGAAAAGCAUACUUCAACUGUAAAGGCUCGAGGUAGCACCAUGUCUGGAGAAGAUUAGUGUGUCAGUCCCCGCUAAAGACCUUUUAAGUCUGUCCCAAAUGAAAAUCCCUUUUUGAGUGGGAGAAAAUGAGCAGUUCUCAUGGUUACAACAAGGAUUUUUUUUUUUUAAUCAAUAUUCCAUGUCCCCUGAAGGCUUAUUUAUGAACUCACAGAUUUCAAAGUUGUGUAUGUGUAUGUGGUAAAGAUACUGUAUGGUCACUUCGAGCCACAUUUGAAAAGUGAGAGAAGUACAGAGGGCGAAAUAAGUAUUGAACACAUCAACAUUUUUUUUUUCAGUAAAUAUAUUUCCAAUGAGGCUAUUCACAUGAAA